AAAAACACCAAGUAUGAGUCAAUACCCAAAAUCCAAUCAUCAAAAGCCAAUCUUGAUGCUUGAAAGUUGAAACAAUUUGAGGUUGAGAUGAAAUGAUGAACUUAACUUGUAAACUCUCAAAUUCGGCCCACCUCAACUCACUAACUCACAAUCACAAAUUCACAACAACAUCCAAUCUCUCGUCUUUCUCACGUUUUUCUCGCGUGCCUCUCUCUUUCUCUCUCCUCUCUUCUCUCUUUCUCUCUGUACGAUCUACACUUGAACAUAUGCAGACAACACAGACUCCUCUUUCUGCAAAUUUCUGGGCUAAAUUUGCUUCUACAAUUCCAUCUUUACCCACUUUCUGAAUUUCAAAGGGUAGGUCAUGGCUGGGAAGAAGCUUAUAGCUAUAUGUCAGGCCGGGGGCGAAUUCGAGACCGAUAACGAUGGUAGUAUCACCUAUAAAGGUGGUGAGGCUCAUGCCAUUGAUAUUGAUGAUGAGAUGAAUUUUAAUGCCUUUAAGAUGGAGAUAGCUGAGAUGUUCAAUUGGAGUACUGAUAUAAUGUCUAUGAAGUACUUCCUUCCUGAAAACAAGAAGACUCUCAUUACAAUAUCCAAUGAUAAGGACUUGUUGCGCAUGAUCAAGUUCCAUGACUGUCGUGCAGUUGUUGAUAUAUAUGUCAUAAUGGGAGAGAACCUUGCUCCUGAGGAAGUCUCUAACAUGCCUAUCAGUAGGUCAAGCAGAACCUCUUUAUCUCAGGAAAUGAUGCCUCUUGAUGCCCCCAUUGAUGUGGUGGAGGAUACUAAUCAUCCUGAUGAUGUGCAUUUUAUUGCUCCUCUUGAUAUUCCCAACACUGAUGCCCAAAUCGAUAUACCAACUGAAAUAUCUGCUGUAGUGCCCCUCACUAGCUCCGGUGAUGAGAAACUUGUGAAAGCUGCUCAUCAAUGGCAGAAUAAUAUUACUGGUGUUGGUCAGAGGUUCAAUAGUGUCACAGAGUUUCGUGAAGCAUUACGUAAAUAUGCUAUUGCUAAUCAAUUUGCAUUCAGAUAUAAAAAGAAUGAUAGUCACCGUGUGACUGUCAAAUGCAAAGCAGAAGGUUGUCCGUGGAGGAUUCAUGCAUCAAGGUUAUCAACUACGCAGCUAAUUUGCAUCAAGAAGAUGAAUCCUGCACAUACUUGUGAAGGAGGUGUUCAUACUACAGGAUAUCAAGCAACUAGAAGCUGGGUGGCGGGUAUUAUAAAAGAGAAGUUGAAAGUGUUCCCGAAUUACAAGCCCAAGGAUAUUGUCAAUGACAUUAAACAGGAGUAUGGAAUUCAACUUAAUUAUUUCCAGGCAUGGCGUGGAAAAGAAAUUGCCAAAGAGCAACUGCAAGGUUCUUAUAAAGAAGCUUAUAAGCAGCUACCAACUUUCUGUGAAAAGAUAAUGGAGUCAAAUCCGGGUAGUUUAGCUACUUUUACUACCAAAGAUGAUUCUAGCUUUCAGCGUCUCUUUGUCUCAUUUCAUGCCUCAUUAUGUGGAUUCCUGCAAGGCUGUCGGCCUCUACUUUUUCUCGAUAGCAUUUCUUUGAAGUCUAAAUAUCAAGGAACACUGCUAGCUGUCAAUGCUGCUGAUGGGGAUGAUGGUGUCUUUCCAGUUGCAUUUGCUGUGGUUGAUGCUGAAACUGAUGAUAAUUGGCGAUGGUUUUUAUUGCAACUGAAAUCACCUAUGCAGACACCUGGCUCAAUAACGUUCGUGGCAGAUAGACACAAGGGGUUGAAGGAGUCGAUUGCUGAGAUAUUUGAGGAUUCUUUUCAUGGUUACUGUUUAAGGUACUUGACUGAGAAUCUUAUUAGGGACCUGAAAGGGCAAUUUUCUCAUGAAGUGAAACGCCUCUUGGUUGAGGAUUUCUAUGCUGCUGCUUAUGCUUCUAAGCUUGAAGGUUUCCAGAGAUAUGUUGACAGCAUUAAAAGUAUCUCCACAGAAGCUUAUGACUGGGUCAUGCAAAGUGAACCUGAGUACUGGGCAAACGCUUUCUUCAGGGGUGCAAGAUACAAUCAUCUGUCAUCAAAUUUUGGCGAGAUUUUUUAUAACUGGGCAUCAGAGGCGCAUGAGUUACCCAUAACACAGAUGGUUGAUGUUAUUCGAGCUAAGAUACUGGAGUUAAUAAGUGCACGGAGAUUGGAGUCAGCCAAGUGGUUAACAAGGCUAACCCCAUCUAUGGAAGAAAAACUUGACAAGGAAACCUUGAAAGUCCCUCCCCUUCAAGUUUUGCUCUCAGCUGGUAGCACAUUUGAGGUGCGUGGAGACACCAUAGAAAUAGUUGACAUUGAUCAGUGGGAUUGUAGUUGCAAAGGAUGGCAGUUGACUGGUUUGCCCUGCUUCCAUGCUAUAGCUGUUAUUGGCUGUAUGGGAAGGACUCCGUAUGAAUAUUGUUCCCAAUAUUUUUCGGUUGAAAGCUAUAGGUUGACAUAUUCUGAGACAGUGAAUCCUGUCCCAAGUGCUAAUGAAUCGUUACAAAAUGAUUCAUCUCAGGCUGCGGUGACAGUAACCCCUCCUCCUACACGUCGGCCUCCAGGCCGGCCCACAAAAAACCGUUUUGGUUCACAGGAGGUUGUCAAACGUCAGUUGCAGUGUAGUAGAUGCAAGGGCAUGGGACACAAUAAAUCAACAUGCAAAGAGAUUUUAACUGAACAGUAAUAUCGGUAUUCGGGUGGAUCCAUGAUAUCAGAAUUUGGAAUAGCCGAGGCAGUAACAGAACAAGGCUCCUAAUAAAAACAGUUUUCUCCUCUUCAGCAUCAGAUUCUAUGUUAGAUCUUAAUUUACUCAACUCUAGGGCCUCAUUUUGUUUCUUUGCUUGCGGCUUUCUCGUCAGUGAUUGGCUUCUAUGUAUAUAAUAGAUUUAUUUGGCCUGUAUGAUCUGAUGGAAAGAACGUCUUUAAUCUCAUCUCAUUGUUUAGUAAUCAUCUUUAACAAUGAGCUUAAUUUUCUUUAGUGGGCCCAUAUUUAGAAAAAUAGACAGAAAUCUAUACUUAUUACUUGACAUUUCUCAUUAAAGUUUGUAUAUUUAGUUGGUGUGUUCCAACCUGAAGAAUUCAACCAAGAGAAACAUAAAGAUACAGCUCAUUUUUUGAUCUACUGCUAGUACAUCUGUAUUAAAAGUACUACUAUUACAAGAUUGUACUGCAUGAACUUUAGAAGUACAUCUUUUUGUAUGGUACUUCUGCUCUAAAACGUUACUUAGGUACCAGCAUGUAGUACAAGCAAUCAUGCUUCUGGUACUUCCUCGUUUCGCCUUGUUUAUAUAUAGACCUUGUUGAUCGAGGAAAUGCAACAAGAGCUUUAGAUUACUCAAAAAAAAAAAAAAAACACUUACUAUUUUAUUUUUCGGUAUUGAGCCACAAAGUACGGGAUUUGAUCCUAAGUUUUGGGUAUUAUUUUUAUGAAAAAAAAAAAUCGUCUUACAUUUGUAAGCGUAUGUGUGAACACAAAAAGGCGCAUCCGUCACAUUGUAGGUAAGGUGGUCAUUUUUACAAGUUUUGUGUCAAUGUUUCUUAUGGGAGAGCUAGAAGCUAGGGAAGCGGUUGAGCAUGGGAUGGAUCAAUCAACAUUGCUGUUGUUGCUCUUCCCAUGCACUGCCUCUUCCCUGGCUCUCUUCUUUAUCUCUCUUUUCCUUCUCUAUAAUUGACACGUUUUUACCUCAAUCUCAAAUUAUCAAUUCAUUUUGGGAUUUGUUAAACAUCGCCCACAAAUUACUACAUAAAGCCCACAAAAUUCACUUGGUUUGACAAUAUUGCCCUUAACCUAAAAAAAAAAAACACUCACACCCUCAUCACUCAAACUCUCAUCGCUCAUCUUCUUUGAACCUCUCUAAAAAAAAAAAA